AUGGGGUUCUACGGCACUAUUAAGAUGAUUUUCUACAAAAUGAAGAGAAAGUUGGACCAUGGCCCCGAGGUCCGAUCUUUCCCUUCAGGAAAAAAGCCCUGCAAAGGUCCAGAGUACCCAAGCCCGACGGGAAUCGUGCCGUGCCCGUCCACGCCCACCACGUUCGGCCACAUCCGGGCGGCCAACGGGCAGGGCCAGCAGAGGCGGCGCAUCACCUCCGUCCAGCCGCCCUCGGGACUUCAGGAAUGGCUCCGCACUUUUCAGAGUUGGAGCGGGCCCGAGAAGCUGCUGGCGCUGGACGAGUUGAUCGACAUCUGCGAGCCCACGCAGGUCAAGCACAUGAUGCAAGUCAUCGAACCGCAGUUCCAGCGAGACUUUAUCUCCCUGCUGCCCAAGGAGCUGGCGUUGUACGUGCUGUCUUUCCUGGAGCCCAAAGACCUCCUCCAAGCCGCCCAGACGUGUCGCUACUGGCGCAUUCUGGCCGAGGACAACUUGCUGUGGAGGGAGAAAUGCCGGGAAGAAGGCAUCGACGAGCCGUUGUCGCUUAAGAAGAGGAAAGUGGUCAAGCCCGGAUUCACGCACAGCCCCUGGAAAAGUGCCUACAUCAGGCAGCACAGAAUAGACACUAAUUGGAGGAGAGGGGACCUCAAAUCACCCAAGGUGCUGAAAGGUCACGACGACCACGUGAUCACCUGCCUCCAAUUCUGCGGCAACCGCAUCGUCAGCGGUUCCGACGACAACACGCUCAAAGUCUGGUCGGCCGUCACGGGAAAGUGUUUGAGGACGUUGGUGGGUCACACGGGCGGCGUGUGGUCGUCGCAGAUGCGCGACAACAUCAUCAUCAGCGGCUCCACCGACCGCACGCUGAAGGUUUGGAACGCCGAGACGGGAGAAUGUAUCCACACCCUCUACGGGCAUACCUCAACGGUGCGCUGCAUGCACCUGCACGAGAAAAGAGUGGUGAGCGGCUCUCGGGACGCCACGCUGCGCGUGUGGGACAUCGAGACGGGCCAGUGUUUACACGUGCUGAUGGGCCACGUGGCGGCCGUGCGUUGCGUCCAGUACGACGGGCGGCGGGUGGUCAGCGGCGCCUACGACUUCAUGGUCAAAGUGUGGGACCCCGAGACCGAGACGUGCCUCCACACGCUGCAGGGCCACAGCAACCGGGUCUACUCGCUACAGUUUGACGGCGUCCACGUGGUGAGCGGCUCGCUGGACACGUCCAUCCGAGUGUGGGACGUGGAGACGGGCAACUGCAUCCACACGCUGACGGGCCAUCAGUCGCUCACCAGCGGCAUGGAGCUCAAAGACAACAUUCUGGUGUCCGGCAACGCCGAUUCCACCGUCAAGAUUUGGGACAUCAAAACGGGACAGUGUCUGCAAACGCUGCAAGGGCCGCACAAGCACCAGAGCGCCGUCACGUGCCUCCAGUUCAACAAGAACUUUGUCAUCACCAGCUCGGACGACGGCACGGUCAAGCUGUGGGACCUGAAAACGGGCGAGUUCAUCCGCAACCUGGUUACGCUGGAAAGCGGCGGCAGCGGCGGCGUGGUCUGGCGAAUCCGCGCCUCCAACACCAAGCUGGUGUGCGCCGUGGGCAGCCGCAACGGCACCGAAGAGACCAAGUUGCUGGUGCUCGAUUUCGACGUCGACGCCAAGUGA